GGCUAACAUUCACACACAUUCUAAAAAUCCCACGAUUUUCCCAUUGAAUUUUCCUUGCACCCAAACACGCAUUUUCUUCUCCAACCGUUGCUCCGACACUUUGAUUUGAUGCGUCUUUGACUACGCCUGCCUUAUUCCCCAAUUUUCUUGGAUACCCACCCUUAUUUCUUAGGUUUGUUUAGUGGGUAUCUCAUAGUUUUUCCAUUUGAGUGUUCCAGGGUUCGGAUUUUCGUCUGGGUGAGCUUGGUUUGUGAAGAGAAUGGUGGGUGCUUUAUCUAUUAUGGGUUCAUCAGCAUUGGACUCGCACGCUAGUCCAUGUUUGUGCGUUGAUGCGUUGCCUACGACUAGUAUGAAUCUCAAAAGUGGAGGAGACUCUAUUUUGUGGAAGAAGCACUCGGUAAGGCGAGGAGCGAUGCUAUUGAGUAGUUCCUUCAUUGACGCUGGCCGUGAGUGGCGGCUGUGUGUUAAUAGAAAUCCCAGGAAGCAGCGCAGUAAUAGAAGACCUAAGAUUGUCAACGAGCUUGGCGGGCAGUAUGAGGAUACUUUUGGUGAUGUUAAAAUGCAAUUACUCAACUAUUUCACUUACAAGGCUGCAAGGACUGUUCUUCAGCAGUUGUAUGAGAUGAACCCCACCCAAUAUAGGUGGUUCUAUGAAUUUGUUGCAACAAACAAGCCUGGAGAUGGGAAACGUUUUAUCAGAUCCCUUGGCAAGGAGAAACAAGACCUUGCUGAGAGAGUGAUGGUAACAAGGCUUGACCUUUAUGGUAAAUGGGUCAAGAAAUGUAAUCAUGCUGAGAUAUAUCAAGAAAUCUCAGAUGAAAACUUGGAGCUGAUGAGGGAAAGGCUCAUGGAGACCAUAAAAUGGCCCUCAGAUGACACGAACACUGAGAAAAUCGGCUGAUCAGUCUGCAAUUUCUAUCUCACCUUCCUUUACCAACUCUAGCUGAAAUGGAAGAAAGAAAAAGGUUUAGGUUAAGUGCAGUUUUAUUCUUUCUAUACGAAUCUGUUUCCUUUUCCAAAUCUGCAAUUACUCAUCUGUCUGCAAAAUAGGAGUGCUGGAUUCAGUGUAAAAUGUGUAUAUAUUUAUGCCCAUAUAUAUAUAUAUAUAUAUAUAUAUAUUUGUUUG